UUGCACCCCCAUAUCAUCCUCCUCAAGAAAUAAUGGAGGCUCUCAGCAGCAGAGCUUGCCCCCCUCCUCCCCUUCACACCCUUCAGCCGUCGCGCCUGACUGGUUUUAAUCGUGUGUUUGCUGCAGUUUAUACAGGUGCCAUCCUCGCCUUGCUCUAUCACCGUUCAUUCAAACUCAUCAACUCCACCACCUUACCCUCCUUCUUCAUCUCCCUCUCCAUGCUUAUCUCCGAUCUUCUUCUCGCUUUCAUGUGGGCUGCCACGCAGCCAUAUCGCAUGCGUCCUAUAUAUCGUAAUGAGUUCCCCGACAACCUCGGAAAGAUCGUGAAGGAAUCAGAUUUCCCUCCACUUGACGUGUUCAUAUGCACCGCCGACCCCUACAAGGAGCCGCCGAUGGGAGUGGCAAACACGGCCUUGUCGGUGAUGGGGUACGAUUAUCCACCGGAGAAGAUCUCCGUCUACGUGUCCGACGAUGGGGGCUCCCAGCUUACUCUCUUUGCUUUCAUGGAGGCUGCUAAGUUUGCAACCCAUUGGUUGCCGUUUUGUAGAAAGAACAAUUUAGUAGACCGGAGCCCAGAAGCAUAUUUUGCUUCGACUAAUUCUUGGAGCUCUGAGUCUGAGGAGAUUAAGACGAUGUACGAUAGCAUGAAAUUCAGGGUAGAGAAUGUUGUGGAGAGAGGGAAAGUUGGGGAUGAGUACAUCACCGGAGAAGAAGACCGCAAAGCAUUUCUCAAAUGGACUCAUGGAUCCACCCGCCAAAAUCAUCCCACUGUUAUUCAGGUUUUAUUAGAGAACAGCAAAGACAAAGACAUCACUGGCCAUUUGAUGCCAAACCUCAUCUAUGUCUCCAGAGAGAAAAGCAAAACUUCACCACACCAUUUUAAAGCUGGUGCCCUUAAUGUCUUGCUUCGGGUCUCAGCUGCCAUGACCAAUGCUCCGUUCAUCCUAACUCUAGAUUGUGACAUGUACUCCAAUGAUCCCUCCACCCCUCUUCGUGUCCUAUGUUACCUACUCAAUCCUCAUGGUCAAUCCAAAAUAGGAUACAUUCAAUUUCCUCAAUACUUUAAGGGUAUUAACAAGACUGACACCUAUGCUUGUGAGUUUAAACGUCUAUUUCAAAUUAAUCCGGUGGGCUUUGAUGGACUAGCUGGGCCUAACCAUGUCGGAACAGGGUGCUUUUUUCGUCGGCGAGUGUUCUUUGGAGGUCCCUUAACAUUGUUGUCAUCAGAAAUCCCUGAAUUGGGACCAUCCCAUGUUGUGACCAAACCUAUCCAGUCUCAACCAAUUUUUGAAUUGUCGCAUAAGGUGGCAGGCUGCAAUUAUGAGAAUCAUACCAAAUGGGGUUAUGAGGUGGGUUUUAGAUAUGGAUCAUUGGUUGAGGACUACUACACGGGCUAUCGGCUGCAAUGUGAGGGAUGGAAGUCCAUAUUCUGCAAUCCUAAGAGGGCAGCAUUUUUGGGUGAUGCACCCAUUACCCUUGUUGAUUUGCUAAAUCAGCAAAAGCGAUGGGCCAUUGGCCUACUUGAGGUGGUUUUCUCUAAGUUCAGCCCACUGACCUAUGGCAUCAGAUCCAUGGGUCUUCUCAUGGGCCUUGCUUAUGCCCAUAUUGGUAUGUGGGCGUUUUGGUCCAUCCCAAUCACCAUCUACGCCUUCCUCCCUCAGCUAGCUCUCCUCAAUGGAAUUACCAUAUUCCCAAUGGUAUCAGAGCCUUGGUUCCUAUUGUACGUAUUUCUUUUCAUAGGAGCCAACGGACAAGAUUUCCUUGAGUUUAUCUUAUUUGAUGGAACGAUCCAAAGAUGGUGGAAUGAUCAGAGAAUAUGGAUGAUAAGAGGAGUCACAUGCUACUUGUUUGGAUCCACAGAGUUCUUUCUCAAAUCCUUCGGCAUCUCCACACAAGGUUUCAAUGUGACAAGCAAAGUGGUUGACGAUGAACAGAGCAAAAGAUACGAGCAAGGGGUGUUUGAGUUUGGAGUCCCAUCUCCCAUGUUUGUGUCUCUAACAGCUGCAGCAAUCAUCAACUUGGUGUCUUUUGUUUGGGGGCUGUUUUCGCUGGUUUUCAGAGGCAGACAAUUGGAGGGAAUGUUUCUGCAGAUGUUCAUAGCAGGUUUUGUGGUGGUGAAUUCCUUGCCAAUUUAUGGAGCUAUGGUGUUGAGAGGUGAUAAAGGAAGGAUGCCUGUUAGAAUUACCACAAUUUCAACAUUUCUGGCAUGUGGUCUUGUUGCCGCAGCUUCUAUUGCUUUGAGGGACUGAAAUUAUGAACUUUGAUUUUCCUACUCUCUAUAGUCUGUACUAUCUUAAUUGUUACUUUUCAUUGAAUAAAUGUUUUUAGUAUUUGUUCAUGAAAAUUAGUGAAUUACA